UGCGAAAUAUACGCUUUUAUCCGUGACCGCGUUUCAUUUCAAAAGUGUCACUGACAGAUGUCACAGCGCAAAUUACACCGACGUCGGUCACGUCGCCCGUUGUGUCAACUGUCAAACCGGCCAAAAUGGAGCCGGACGCCUUCCCCGCGGUACUCAAAGGUUCCAAACAGAGAGUACCGCCUCCCGUCCCUCCUAGGGGUUCUCCUAAAGGGAAACGUGGCGGUCAUCAGCCGACUUUUGAUGCCAAAGGUGACUUUUUUGACGACGAUCUUUAUCGGCAUGAUUUUAACGAUAUUGCAUGCCACGCUUUAGACCUUAAAUUAGAUUUAGAGGCUGUAAAGCCGCCAAAUUUGUUUGCCCAAUCGAAUAUGAUGGCCAAAUUCGACAUGAAAGAUGCUAUGGACAACUUGGAUGGUGAGUUUGAUGACAAAUCCUUCACCGAUUCGAGUGAAGAUGAGAUUAUUAUAGAGGAAAUCAAAGAUAUCAAAUACAAGACAGUUAAAGAUACAACGGUAAAGAAAGGCCGUUAUCCGUUUCUUAAGAAAUUCGGAAAGAAGACACCGACUCCAGUUAAAAUUGUCCAAGUCGAAGAGUAUAUGUCUGAAUCUGAAGACGAAAGGACUGUUAAAAAAACUGAAAUGCCAACCAAAAAGCCAGAAACACCUGAAAGGGUGUAUGAGGGAGAAAUAUACGAGCCAGUUGAUAUAAUUGAAAAGAGAGAGGUUAGAAAAAAUAAAGAAAUAGAACAACCUAGACUAAUGCAGAGUAUGUCCGAUGAAGAUGUUAUUGAUCCGCCACAAGAAAGAGAGGCAUUCAAAGUAGAAAAAAUAGAGAUAAAUGAUGAAAAACCCGAAAGAACAAAAAAAAUUAUGUCGGGGCUAUCAAAGAAAUUCAUAUUCACACAAUCCAAGAAAGAGAGAAAGAUUAAACCAAAAAUAGAAAUAAAGACUUACUCAGAAGAACAUGGACAAACAUCACAAGAAGAGGAGAUAUGCCACGAGAAAGCUAAGACUCAAAUUGAUAUGUUUCAAAACAUUUUGAAGUCUGAAACCAGCUCAGUAGCGUCAAGGGUGGAGAAACCAAAAAAACGACCAGCACCCAAACCGCCAAUCCAGCUCCAAGUACCGAAUGUUACAGAUAAAAUCCGAAAGUUUUCAGUCACAGUGGUCCCGGAAAGCCGCCCGAGACAUUUUGGCGAAAUCAAAAAGACGAGUUUGAGGAGAUCCAAUCGAAGGAUACUUCGUAUGAUGAAGGAGUUUGAGAUAGAAUUGUAAAUGGCUUAAUAAAUCUUUUUGUCUGUUUUUAUUUUAUUACUAAGCAUGUCCUCGGUUAUAGAAUGGUAUAUAUUUUGAAUGUUUGGUGUUUAACGAACCAAACUCCACUAAAAGCACUUUCGAGAUCGGGUCGCAAAGUUACGCCUAGUUUUUUGUUUUAUAUCCAACAUCAUUAUUUCAUCAUACAUCAUACUUUUUCUCGUAGACAAUGCACAGCGAGCUUUAAAAACCUGCAUGUUUUUUAUCUUGUCUAUAUCUUAGACA